AUGACUUCUACUCCUGCAUCAAGGCCUCGCCGGCCUUCCCCAAACCUCCGUCGGUCCUACCUUUUACAAAUCCUCGACCGUGUUUGCGUUGAAGGAACUGAAUCUAUUUCCCCUCAGCGAGUCAUGGAAUCCCUUGCUGCCCCUUCACGGUUCCGUUGGGCGUCUCCUGAUGGGCUCGAGGUUGGAAUCCCCACCGACGACACAACAGUCUUCGUAUCGAGGGCCAGAAAGACCCAGCUAAGGCAACGACUUCUCGAUCGUCAUGAUGAUUAUCGUACAGAAGACGACAAACCGUUUCCUUGGUGGUUAGGCCAAUGCAUCCACUACGGCCUAAAUUUCUGUUUCACCAGUACUGAUGCAAAAGGGAGGCUUGCACAAGCUUUACUCGCAGAGAAGCUGAAGAGACCGAGAUUCUUGAAGAAGUUGGGGAGAAAUUUGAGAAAGACAUACAAGAAUCGAAAGAAGUACAAAAGUCGGAAACGUCCAAAGAGAAACCAGCAGAGCAGGUCGGUGCAGAAGCCUACCGAACCAAAAGACCCUAGUUGCCACAAGAGACCGACUCCAUUUGUUGUCGACCUCACUGGCGAUGACAAUUCGUCCCAAGGCACCAACGCAGAUGCUCUGGGCACCCAAAGUCAGAGAAAGAGGGAUUCGCAGACAGCAUCCAAGGAGAAUUCCACCAGGAAGUGGCUCGCACAGAUACCCAGCAUCCCAAACCACUCCUCAAAGACGCAGCGAGGAAAGCACGACCAUCUCAUGGAUACCUUGACCCCUCCGCUUUCCAAUUCUGAGAGCCCUAUUGAUGCUACUGAACAUCCAGAUUUGUCUGCUUCUGAACCCAGAGAUCCAACUCCCAAAAAGCAUAUCCCUUCUACGCGUCGACAGAAGCCCCGGGGCGAGUCUGUUCUAGACGAUUCAAUAUGGGAUAUACCUGAUUCCUCCAAGCACUCUGAUCAAGAUUCGGAUGCUAUGACCAUUGAGGAGUAUAUUCCAGGCGGUGACUUGGAUUUCCUUUACAAAGACGAAGAGUACGAUCGGUUCAGCGAGUACGAGGCAUCUCAUUGUUCGCCUUUGGCCAACAAGCACCACGAUAGAUUGACGCGCUCGUCAGCAGAAAAGAGAAAAGCAUCUCAACUAUCAGAACGGGAUGAAUCAAGCCAUUCUCCGCAUAGGUUGCCUAGUGAAAGCCCUGAUACUGAAGAGAGAUUAACGAAGAGAAUCAAAAAGCACUCCAAAAAGGCACCCUCGUUCAACAGAGCCCUCCGCGCAAAGAGCCAUUCUACGGAUAAGGUCAAGGAGAACGAAACUCAUGUGUCGAAUGUCGAGGCAAACCAACUCAAAACACUAAAGACUUCGUUGAAAGCGUUCUCCAUUUCGUCAGAUUCUGACUCCAACUCCGAUGCCGAACCUAUGUCUUCUAGUGCGACAAGUAUUAUCCAAGGGCAGGUAAAACCAAGUGGUAGUCCAUUUAGGGGAGCCGUCGACCCCAAAGCUGCUGCUGGAGUUUCUCAACCCUUGUCGAGUGGUCAGAUGCCCUCACGACAUGUCCUGCCACCGAAUUCUUCACCAACGUGCAAGGUCAAUAAAGACCGGGAAGAACAACCGAAUGUACUUGCACUCUCACCGGAAAACAGUCUUUCAAGAGAUCAAAGCCUUAUAAGUGCAAAGACCGCAGUCGAAGAUGUUCCAGUGAAACGAUAUCCCAACGCAACAGCUCGCAUCAAGACUGAGCUUGCUCGAAAAGCAAAUGUGACGUACCCACGAAGCACAUCUGAGUUGCUAACUCAAGUAAUCAACGACACUGGUGCUAUUGGCAUCGCCUUGAUGCAAGCGAGCCAGAAGCCACCAAAAUUGUCUGGAUCGAGCCUCCUAGACCAGGACAAGCAAGCUCAAACGCAGAUGGCGCCUCUCACUUCAGAAAAGCAGAAAGAGCACGGAAAACGAAACGAAAAUAUCCAAAUGCCAUCUAGAAGUGGAGAUGCAUCGAGUUCGAAAUCAAUUCCUAGAGAAAAAGGUUAUUCAGCUUCAAAGAGAAAGAGUGACCUCGCAAAGCAACAGCGUAAAGAUUCUACUCCGGAUAGGUGUAAUGCACAGAGAAAGAAGGGUCUAUGUACAUCUCGCAAGUCCUCACCAAAAGUGGUGCGAGGAGAGACUUCGACCACACCGUUACCAGGUUCUCAACUCACCUUGUCCGACUCUGCAAAGAAGUAUGUUCGAGACGUUCUUGUUCCUGCCCGGGCUGCACAUUGGAAGCAAAAGCAACCACAAUCGAACCAGGUCCGAGAGCCAUCAUGUACGCGAAGAGGUGAGGGUCUACGUGAUUGUGCAGAUACAGCUGAGAAAUCGUGUCAAAAGACCAAGAUGCGAAAGGAGAGAUCCGACGUUGAAGCUCCAGCAACACCCAGAAGAAAGAGCAAGGACCAGGAGUAUCGAACCAAGCUCAAGGGAGAUUCCGACAAAACAAAGAAGAAGCGCGGAAAACUGGAAGAUUGCAGAGAAAAGGAUAGUCCCAUUUCUCGGAGAAACUCUGCUGUGUCUCCUGAGUUGGCUACGAGCUCGGCUUCAGUCAAUCACUGAGAGACGAACCCAAGAUAGACGACAACAUCGGAGAACCGAAACAGUCCCUGAAGGCUUAUGUAAUGCAUUCCAAUAGGAAGAAGUCUGAGUUCAAAAGCCAGAUACGUGUCCCUCAUAACGGCUUGAUGAACCAGAUGGGUCUGCCAUUUGGUCAGGACACAAGGCUGUAAGAGGUAUGGACUCGAAUAUCGCUGUCGCUCUUUGGAGCCAUCUCAGACUGUCUGUACAGAGUUGCGCCCCUCAUGGUGUAUUUCCUCGGCACACUGUUGGAAUUAAUCAUUCAGAUAGAGAGGGG